GUAGUAUUAAUCUUUGAAAAUGGAAAUGCAUUGACUUGAGAGAGUAAAAGCCAUAAGGAACCACAUAAAAGACAAUUAAGAAGCACCACAUAAUAUGCCGAUUCCGUUUAUGGCCAGCUAUGUCUAGUCACACUAUCAUUCAAAUAGUGGCAACAAACUCAAAGUAGAAGAUUUCUCAUACUUUCAAUCUCUCCCUUUAUAUGAUCCAUUUUCCAACAUAUACUAAUUUAGUACAACCCCUUCUUCUUCUUUUGAUUCCAAAUUACUUGGCAAGAAAAUAAAAUGAAAAAGAUUUUUGUGCUAUUACUAUGCUUGCUUCACUUAGCAUCUUUUGGAUUUGUCAAUGGCUCUUUGGUUGAGAAGGAAAAAAUUGGGAUAUUUGAGCUCAAGAAAGGUGAUAUUUCUUUGAAAGUCACCAAUUGGGGUGCAUCAAUUAUGUCUCUUGUCAUUCCUGAUAAGAAUGGAAAAUUGGGUGAUGUUGUUCUUGGAUAUGAUUCAGUUAAGGAAUACACUAAUGACUCAACAUAUUUUGGAGCUACUGUUGGAAGAGUUGCUAACAGAAUUGGAGGAGCUCAAUUUACUCUAAAUAGACAUCAUUACAAAUUAGUUGCUAAUGAAGGAAACAACACACUUCAUGGUGGAUCAAGAGGAUUCAGUGAUGUUAUUUGGAAAGUUAAAAGGUAUCAAAGAGAAGGUCCUAGUCCAACCGUUACAUUUACUUACCAUAGUUUUGAUGGGGAAGAAGGAUUUCCUGGUGAUCUCCUGGCAACUGUGAGCUACAUUCUAACUGGAAAAAAUCAAUUGGUCAUAAUUAUGAAAGCAAAAGCUCUUAACAAACCAACUCCAGUGAAUUUAGCCAACCAUGCUUAUUGGAACAUUGGAAACCAAAACAGUGGCAACAUUCUAAAUGAAGUGAUACAAAUCUUUGGUUCCAAAAUCACUAUUGUUGACAACAAAUUAAUUCCUACAGGAACAUUUGCUUCUGUGAAAGGAACUCCAUAUGAUUUUCUUAAACCACAAAUUAUUGGAACCAGAAUUAACCAACUAGCAAAAACUAAGGGUUAUGACAUUAACUAUGUGUUGGAUGGUGAAAAAGGGAAAAAUAUCAAACUUGCAGCUAAGGUGUUUGAUAAAAAGUCUGGGAGAACUUUGGAACUUUACACAAAUGCACCUGGUUUGCAAUUUUAUACUGGUAAUUAUAUUAUGGAUGUGAAGGGUAAAAAUGGACAUGUUUAUCAAGCUCAUGCUGGAUUGUGUUUGGAGAGUCAAGCUUUUCCUGAUUCAGUGAAUCAUCCUGAUUUUCCUUCAACAAUUGUGACCCCAGAAAAACCUUAUAAGCAUUAUAUGCUUUUUAAGUUUUCAGCCAAAUCUCAUUAGCUUUUGAGUUUAAUUAAGUAUUUGGAUUUACUGCAGAGUAGUUACCAUAUCUGAAUUGUCUGAUUAAGAUUAAACGGUUUAAAUUUAAAGUUUUAAUUAUUUUUAAAUUUAAAAUAUAGACCGUUUGAUCGUAAUAAGACAAUUUUAAUGUAUCUGACUGCACUGCAGUCGGAAGAGACCAAGUGAAGUGAAUCUUGAUGCUUUAAUUAAAGAGAUUUAAAUAAGAAUAGUGAGAUUUUCCUAUUUUUAUGAUAUCAUGGGUAAAUAAGUGUUACAAUUUUAUGAAUUUCAUCCAUCCAAAAUUUAGCAUCAUUACAAUGAAUAAUUAGAUUGAUAUAUUUUAUUUA